ACGAACCGAAGAGUGGAGAGCAGAGAGCAGAACCACGAGAGCAGCAGAAAACAAGGCCGUCAGAGAGCCCAGUUUUCUAGCAGGCCCUGUGACUCCUUGGAAAUCAUGAUUCAGCGCACACCUCUUCAGGGCCCUGCAGCGGCGCAGAAAGCAGCCAAAAUCUGAAGUUCAGGGAAUUCUGAGCCAGAAGGAAGGAGGCAGUUCCCCGGGUCCCUGCUUGGAGCUGUGCAGCCUGGCCAUGUCUUCAAAUGCACCCCAAGGAAGCCAGAGGCGCAAGAGGACCACAUUCAACAAAAAUCAAUACAAGAUCCUCAGUGACGCCUAUGAAAAGGAUUGUUACCCCGACUUUCCCAUCAUAAAAGAGCUGGCCAAAUUAACCCAGAUUCCUGAGCCACGAAUUCAGGUCUGGUUUCAGAAUAGGAGAGCUCGGAAACGAAAACUAAUCCAGAAGCCCAGUGUGGAAGGCAACUCACGGGUUCCACAGGCCUGUGCCUGCAGGUGCUCUUGCCAGCAGGGCCUUCUGGGGGCCCAGAGUGAUGCCAGGCAACUCUCCCCGGAGUCGGAAGACGACUCUGGUCAAGCUGACCUGUUGGUGCGUCCUGGUGUCCUGCUCGUGAAAGUGGAACCGCCAGCCCUGGAGAUGCCAGGCGGUACACUGGGGGUGUCUCCUACCCUGCUUUCUGUCUCCCAGAAGUGCAGCAAGCCAGACCCUGCAGAGAUGGGUCAGCAGCUGUCCCCCCACUCUGGAGCCCAGGGUGGCAGCCCAACAGCUGCUGACCCAGAGAAGUCACCACUGCCCACUCCACCCCAGGAAGGAAGGUCGGCAUCUCCCUCCCUCCCAGACGCCUUGGUGGGAGGCCCCAGGGUACCCCAAGCUGCAAGGGCAACACCUGAUGAUAAAGUAGAAAUGACCUAAGUGCAAAUUGAUGGGAGACAGAUUAAGUCAGGUAUGUUUCAUUUAUAAUGUUCAAUACUAUGCAAAAUUUACAAAGCAGAUUUUAUACUUGACCCUGGAGAUGCCUCCUAGACAUACUUCUUGGGGAAUGAAAUUGUCGAAACGGACAUAAAGUUGGUGU